AUGGACCUAUUCGUGCGCACGGCACCCGAAGAGGGAAGGGAAUACAUUCUCCGCCAUAGAUUCCGCCACGCAUUCUGCUCGGAAAAGCGUGGUCUCUCAUAUCUACUCCAAAUCCUAUUUGCUGUCUUCGAGCGCUGUUUGAGGAGCUAUCAGCAGAAUAAUGAAGGAUCGCCUCCUUUCAUCUAUCGAACAGUUUGUGCGAUGCCAGAAAGCUGUCGAUGUAUACUCGUUCUUCAGCGGGGUGGGGAUAGAUACGAUCACCGCUUAUAUCUUCGGGCCAAAAAACGGAACAAAUUCAUUGAGCUCGAAGACGAGCGCAAUGCCUGGAGGGCUAAGUAUAGCAGCAAAUGGAGAAUCGCGUUUUGGUGCCAGGAGUUUGCAAGGGGGAAGAACUUGCUUGAGAUGCUGGGUGUGGAGAUCGUCCCGCCAUGGAUGAUCAUGGCAAAGGCAGAAGUUGAAGAUCGGUGUAUGCAGAUGUGCCUCAGUGCAGAGGCGGGUAUGCUCACGCCGAACGUAGACGAAACGGAGAAAGUAGUUUACGCACAUCUAUUGAGCAACAUGAACAGAGCUUCAAACUCAAUGGUACCCAAACCAAUUGGGCCCAAAGCAGAUAUCGAUGGAUCUCGGUCAGCUAUAGAACAAGAGCGCAGGAACGGUGUUGCGAGUGAGAUCAUAGACCAUAUCACUGGCCACGAAACGGUGGGUGUACGUUUAGCCUACCUGACCUAUCACCUCGCCCAACAUUCCUCGAUCCAAAACCGCUUACGCGCCGAGCUCCACAGCAAUACCACUACGAACUCCUUGAGAUCCCUUGAUAGUCUUCCUCUGCUCGAGGCUAUCGUACUGGAGACGCACCGCCUGACACCUAGUAUCUCAGGCCCAUUACCGCGCGUGACACCACCACAGGGGUGCGAAUUAGCCGGCUUCUUCAUACCGAACGGAGUGAGAUUAAGUGGGCAGGCUUACAGCCUGCACAAAGAAGAGCAAGUAUUUGGUGGUGAUGCGGGCGCGUGGCGACCUGAUCGAUGGCUCCAGGCUGGUGAAAAAAAGGGAAAUGAGAUGAGAAGAUGGAUGUGGCAAUUUGGUGGUGGAGGAACAGGCUGUUUAGGGCAGCAUUUCGCUACUUUGCGAGACGCUUUACCGAGAACCUGCAUUGCUGACGGAAAGUUUGACGCGGUUGCAGAAACCAAAGCGGUAGUGGCUGCUACAUGUAUAUCUUUUGGGACCAUCAUGGUCGAUGGGGACGAUGGAGCAAUAGAGCAGCAAGGCGGCUUUUUGACUCCGCCAAAGUCAGGCAAGCUACCGGUGAAUUGUCUUGUCAAGCCAUCCAUUACAGCCUCGGGUCCCAACAAAGGCAAAUCAAGCUUCAGCAACUUGAUAGCAUUGUUACGCCCCUUGAAGAAUACAAUAGUUGGCGCUAGAACACAUUGGACAGAGGAACGCGGAAAAUUUACAUACCAUGUUGACUUUGUCCGUUGGGUUCAUUUGCAAGCUGUCCCACCAGAUGGCUGCUUCUUCGAUGUCCUCGAACUGAAAUCGCUCAUCAGCCUACCUGACUGCGCGUUUCUUGACUCGAAAGUGAUCGAUACGCCAAAGAUGCCCUGGAGUCAUCUCUCCGAGAUGUCCAAUUACAAUUUUGACGCUUGGAAAGCGGUCGAAGACACCAUUGGCGCACAUUCCAAGGAUAUGGCGCUGUACGUCUUGACCAAAUUGUAA